AUGAUGGUGACUGCCGGUGGCUGCGAGUCUCCGCGAUCCCCGCAAAGCCCAGGGCACUAUGCAGCUGGCUUCGCCAUGGGCCUGAACGAGUCAAGUCAUGGAAACGUUUUUGGCUCGCCUCGCGGAGGGUACACGGACAGGCGGUGCAUCACCAUUGACAUGGACGCAGGGACUGGUUUGCACCGAGGGCGCAGCCCAUCUCCAGCGCCGGCCAGUCCUGGGACAAAGUUUGAGAGGCUGCGUGCGCUGCAGGCUCUGGACCAUCCAUAUUUGGAUUUUUCUCUGGACGUGGUCCCGUGCCGCAGGCACUCGCCCGCGCCUGUCAGACAUGAUCCUCGAAAUGAGAUUCUCCAAGCUCUUGACGCCUACGAGCACACUGCUAUUCUUGGUCGACGAGCACCCAUGCCUCGCCAGCAGAGAGGUGAGGUCGAGACGGGCUCCAUGUCUCCGCGCAGACCUCCAGUGCCACGCUUCAGCACUCCGGACAGCCAGCCAUCAGACGCUGCCAUGGAAACUGCUCGCAGCGGUAAGGCUGGGAAGGAUGACCCCAAGAAAGCCAUGGACAGGAGCAUACGUCGCUUGGACACCGCUGCCGCCAAACUGGAGAAAGUCGCCAAGGCUCUGGUGGAAGAGGCACAAAGACAGAGCCUGGCCCAGCGCAAUUUCGGGUGGUGUCAGGGCGAACUUGUCCUACUGCCCUACCUGCCCAGUGUGGCAAGCCGAGGUCCUUGA